CAAAGUGGGGUCUUAACGGCAGCAUUCUGCUUUGUCAGCAGGGCAGCUACGAUACGUCCCUUUCCCUUUGAGGUGCGUGCCUACGGCGAGGCUAAGCUAGUCGGGGCAAAGUGUUCGUGUUUGUAGACGACACGAAAACGAAAAAUAACAAGAAUGCCUGCGCAUUGUGCUGCGUACGGUUGCACACGACGCCGUACAGCCGAAACAAGGGACGCGGGAAUAACCUUUCAUAAGUUUCCCAGAGGUGAUGAGAUCAGGAGACAGUGGGAAAAAGCUCUGAGGAGAAAGGAUUUUACUGCGACUGAUGAGACUGUGCUCUGCAGUCAACAUUUUAUGAAAGAUGAUUUUGACAGGACUGGGCAGAUUUGCCGGAUUAGAGCUGGUGUCAUUCCAUCAGUCUUUAACUUCCCGGAUCGUCCAAGAAAAGUUGAGAGAACAAGGAUGCCAAGAACCACAAGAACGUCAAUGAAAGCUCGGGAGGGCCUACCAUUACCCAGCCCUCACAAAGCCACCAAAAAGGAAUUCCAACUUAAUAGUGACCUUCCUGAAGCAGAAAGGACCACGACAACCUCAAGGAAAAGUAACAGUCUACCAUUACCCACCCCUCAGAAAGUUACCAAAAAGAAGCAUCAACUUAAUAUUGACCUUGACCACAACUAUUCGCUACCCAGUUCUCCCGCUGCUCUGAAGGUCAAGUUUAGUCAGGCUGCAACUAGAAUUUGGAACCUGGAGAAGGAGAAGAGAAAUGCGCUGGUACGAGAACGAAGGGCAAUGAAAAGUCUAAUAGCUGUACUGCACAAGCCCUUGUGCAAGUCUUGUGUCUGAGGUUAUAAAAUCACCACCGUUCAGCGAGAACUAUUAUGUUUUGAACCUGAAAAAUAGUGGCUUGGUGAUUCCCUUUUAUAGCUCUGUUCAGGUUGUGAGAGCUACCAUUCGCUAUAUAGUCCUGAGCAAAUACCAUAAGGAUUCAGUGUUCACACAUUAUUCCGGGAAGAGAUUGGCACAAAGUAUAUGUUUUCACUCGGGGAGCACAUGUAUGAGGAAGAAUUCAUGCAAAACAGUCCUCAUACACCAUUAGGUUGUAUAAUUCCGAGGUGAUGUUAAGUGUUUUGAUUUACUCAGAGACACACAACAGUUUCAUUGUUCCUGUUUCUAACUUGUACAAAUGUCAAUAAAUGUCAUUCUAUUUUA